GUUCUGCUGCUGGACGGCAGGAAAAGGUCACGUCUUUAAUAACAGAAACACUUUUUGGACGUUCUGUUAACUUCGUGAUGUUCGUUUGUUUAACUAAUUUUUAGAUUUGAUUUUAAGACUUCCCUCCGGGUGGAGAAUGGAGCCAUUGUGUAGACUGUGCCUAGAAGGUGGUCCCGAUUUAAGGCCCAUACAGGAUGAUGCCCAGGGAAACAGCACCAACACAGAGGAGUCCACCGCCGAGCAGAGUCUGGUUCAACUUGUUCUGCAGUAUUUGUCCAUUCAGGUUAUUAAAACCGAAUGUACUGAGAGCCCCUUAAUUUGCACAACUUGCCAAACGUUGAUCGAGGGGUGGCACCGGUUUCACAAUACUUGCCUCAAGAAUGACGAAAUCUACCAACGACGUCGGUCGGAGCUGUUCGAAAGUGCAGUACAGAAACAGGAAAAUCAAGUCAGUCGAUCGUUAUCAACUGAUUUCAAACAGGAGGAGUUGGAAAACAGUGCCGAAGAUCCAAUCGAUGAUGAUCUGGACCCGGAUUUUGAACCGUUGGAUGAGGAUCAGGAAGAGGAACGCUAUAGUGUUGCUGUUGUCGGUUCGGCAUACACUACAAGCGAAGAUGAAAUGGCCGAGAAAGUACAACCAAUCAAACGGAAGGAGAAAUCCGAUUCGAAGGUUAUACCGAGAAAGCGUGGUAGACCAAAAGUGAAAGAUAUAGAGGAUGCCGAUGGGACAGACGUGGUGAUGAAAAGUCGGAAGCGUGCUGAGGUGUGUACCAUUUGCGGAAAGUUUAUCAAAAACAUGACCGAACACAUGAGGAUUCACAACAAUGAGAGAAGACAUCAAUGCCCGUACUGUCCGAAAGCAUUCGUGAGCGCGUCCAACUAUUGUUCCCACGUCAACAUCCACACGCGAGCGAAAAUGUACAAAUGCGACCUCUGUGAUAAGCAAUAUGCCAUGCUGAACAGCUUGAAACAGCACCGGAUUACGCACUUCAAGGAACGAAUCUACCUGUGCCCAGUGUGCGGAAAGGCGUACUAUCAACCGACGGGAUUGGCCAGGCACAAGCGAACACACUUCGACGAACCGAAGAUUAAGUGUUCCGAGUGCGAUAAAAUGUUCCUGACCAAUUCUGACUUACGGAAGCACUUCACCAAACACCUACCGGAGAAGCCGUUCAACUGUGAGAUUUGCAAUCGAGCCUUCAGCCGCAAGGAUAACCUCCGAACGCACAUGAAGACCCAUCGGGGGCCGAAGGCGGUCAAAACGGUUGCCAUUGAUGUAUCUUCCGACACCGGACCCAACGCCCCUGAAUCCAACAACAUCACUAUCAAACUCGAAUCGCCCAAGAGGGACCUGUGAAUUUCUUUUGUUGUUCUACACAAGCGAAAAUCGACUCCUUUUUUAUUUGGGUUCUUAAACACUUUGUUAGUGGACGCGGUCCGGGUUUUUUUUUCGUAUUACAAUCAGCUCAUUUCAUUUGAAAUAUAAUAGUUAUCUAUUAAGCAA